GUCUGUGAUAUUCAUUCCUUUGUUCUUUCAUUCAUGUUUAGAGAAGUGCGGAGACUAGCAUGGCGGGGAAGCCCAAGCUUCACUACUUUAAUGCACGAGGCAGAAUGGAGUCCAUCCGGUGGCUCUUGGCCGCAGCAGGAGUAGAGUUUGAAGAGAUAUUUAUAGAAACUCCAGAAGACUGGAAUAAGUUAAGGAAUGAUGGAUAUCUGCUGUUCCAGCAAGUGCCAAUGGUGGAAAUGGAUGGAAUGAAGAUAGUACAGACCAGAGCCAUUCUCAACUACAUCGCCGCCAAAUACAACCUCUAUGGGAAAGACGUAAAGGAGAGAGCCCUGAUAGAUAUGUACACAGAAGGUAUGGCAGAUCUGAAUGAGAUGUUCAUUGUUUUGCCUCUAUGCCCACCUGAUCAAAAGGAUGCCAAGAUUGCCCUGAUCAAAGAGAGAACGACAGAUCGUUAUCUCCCCGUGUUUGAAAAAGUGUUAAAGAGCCAUGGACAAGACUACCUUGUUGGCAACACGCUGAGCAGGGCUGACAUUCACCUGGUUGAACUUCUCUACUAUGUGGAAGAGAUUGACCCCAGUCUUCUGGCCAACUUCCCUCUGGUGAAGGCCCUGAAAACCAGAAUCAGCAAUCUCCCCGCCAUGAAGAAGUUUCUGCAGCCUGGCAGCCAGAGGAAGCCUCCCAUCGAUGAGAAAAGUUUAGAACAGGCCAGGAAGAUUUUCGGGAUGAAGUGAAGCAGGGAUGAAUGCCCAGCACAUGCAGGACCAACCUGCUGAGUUUUUUCCAGCAAGGAAGUGUGUUGCCUAGAUGUAAACCUGGCUGUUGUAAGGCUAGGAAACUUUUGAAAAGUUUAAGUGCUAAUUUCAUUAGAAAUUAUGCAGAUUUAGUUGCAAAAUAAUUUAUUUUGUUUUGUUCAAAUAUCAAAUCAUGAUCACUUCCUAGGAUGCCUCUUGGCCUUAAAAAUAAAUAAAGGGAGUAAAAUUUCAUGAA